AUGGACAAACUUCGGAAGGCCGUGCAGAAGGGAGCCGUCGAGGACGUUCGAAGCCUCGUCUUCUCUGGUGCCGAUGUCAACGCUCUCGACAAGAAAGGAGUUAACGCUCUCCACGUGGCAGCGGAAAUGAACGACCUGGAGCUUCUGGAGGCGCUGCUGGAGAGCCCAAAGGCGGAUGUGAACAUCGCCGACGUUCAAGGCUGGACGCCGAUCGUCCACUGUCUCUGUGCCUCAGGGGGAGACCUUUCUAUCCUUCGGCGCCUUCUCAAGGUGCCCAACUGCAGCGUCAACACCCCAGACCUGGAUGGCAACACCGCGCUUCACUGGGCGGCAAUGCUGAACCAACCGGAGGCUGCCGAGCUCCUCAUCAACCGGGGCGCACACAGAAACGCCGUCAACAAUGCAAAAGAGACGCCUCUGCACGUGGCGCUGAAAGAGGGCAACGAAGAGACAGUUGAGAUGCUGGUCGAGAAGAACGUGGAUGUGAAUGCAAAAAGUGCAGACGGCAAAACUCCCCUACUCAUCGCCCUCAGUUUGAGGCAGGUGAACUUGGCCCAUCGCCUGCUACAGUCCGGCAAGCUGGACCUCGAGGCCAACGUCGACAACGAGGGGAAUACGCCGAUUCACCUCGCAGUCAUGGAGGGACUCGAGGGAUUUGCAGAGAAACUUGUGGCCGGCGGCUUCUCGCCUGAUGUGCGCAACCUGGCAGGCUACACAGCAGAGGAAUUGCGAGCGCAGCAACUGAAGGAGGCCGAGGAAAAGGCCGAGCGUCAAACGGCUGCAAAGGAGGAGCGCGAACUCCGCAGGCGACAGCAAGCGGAGCAAGAGAUGCGUCAGUCUGAGGUGUCUGUGUUCUGUCGAAAUUACGGCCUCCCUGACUCCGUCGCCGAGAUUUUGUACAAGAAAAAGUUCCGGUACCUCGACGACGCCUUUUUUGACCUCAGCAGUGCGAUGCUGAAGAAGUUUGGCCUAUCGAAUGACGAGCGCGAGAAACUGGAACAGGCUCGGGAGGACUACCUGGCUAAAUCCGAACGCGAAAAAGCUGCAGCCCUCGAGGCAAUCGAGAAGACGAUGGCGCGCCGACGGACCUUGCUUCGUCUUCUUGGAUUCGUGGUCGUGGCCAUUAUUUUCCUGAUGCUCUACUUUGGCCUGGAGAUCUUCAUUGCGCGGGACAGCAGGAAAAGGCGCUGA